AGGAAUGGUUUUAAUGGGAAAAUCAAAAUUCCGAGAUAUGUUUCCCUUUCCCAUGAGAAAAAGUCCAGAGCGGCAUCCAAAACGGCACCGAGUACUCCAGUAUAUAUAUUUUUAAAUUGGGUCGACCAAGCGAUUUUCCUCCCAAACAAAAAACAAACCAACAUCCCUAGAGAGAGAAGAAGACUCUUACGCGUCUCAACCCUCUCUCUCUCUCCGAGAAAUCUCAGAGAGAGUUUUUUGUAGCAGCAUUGAGACAGGCAAUGGAGGAAAAGUUGAAGAAAUAGGAUAGGGAUUAAGGUAAAUCUACUGGUGAAUUGAGGCUUGGAGUGGAGGAAACAAUGGUGCUCAAUUUUGAUUUAAAUGAUCCACCUGCACCUGCGGAGAAUUUGAUUCCAGUGGGUGAGCCAAUUGAUCUCAAUCUUACCAUAGGCCUACCUUGGGAGAGCGGACUGUUGCAAAUACAAACGACACCUGAGCUUGGGUAUGUUGAUGAUGACGUUGUCAUAUGCUCCCCCAGAAGUUUUGUUGAGGCCAGGGAGAAUGCUAGAAGGAACCGUGGGGUGGUAGAGGUGAUUGAUGCAGAAAGGGAUUUUCGAAGAGGCCAUUCAGAAUCAGCAGUGGUAUUAUUUCCUAGUGGCAACAACCGGCGCAAAGGAGGUUCAACAAAACGUGCAAAUGUCAAUGGUGACCUUUGGACAAACUUAGAAAGCAAUGAGAAAGCCAAGAGUAACAAUGUUUGUGAAGCUCUAGAAGUAUACCAGAGUGUUCCCCCGCCAAAGGCACCUAGCUUUAGUUGCCCAGUUUGCAUGGGCCCAUUUGUUGAAGAAACAUCUACCAAGUGCGGUCACAUUUUCUGUAAAAAGUGCAUAUGCGGGGCAAUAGCUGCUCAAAGCAAAUGCCCAACCUGCAGGCGGAAACUUAAAGUGAAAGACACCAUCAGGAUUUAUCUUCCCACAAGUGACUGAAGGAGGCUCGUGGCCUGUGGUGUCAGAUUAUGCGGUUAGGAUUACUCAUAAGAUGCUAUUGGUAGAAGAAAGCUAACAUUGUUGCUUCACCAUUGGGAAAGAUCAACGGUGGAGCAUAUAAGUAACUACAGUUUCGAUCCUUCGGUCGGGAUCACUCAUCCUAUUUUUUGGGCUAGAGAGUUCUUAUCGAUGUUGUCUCAGCGCAAACUAUCUUCUUCUUUUCUCUUCAAUUGGUCCACAGUCCACACAACUUGGUUUUGUUUUUUGUUUUUUGCUUUUUACUUUUGGUCGACUCUCUGCUCAAUUAGGUAGCAGUGUAUCUUAUUGGGCUUCUGACUUUGUAUCGAGAUUUUGUCUGUGUAAUCUAACUGUGGAUGGGCAAAUGUAUUUGGGCUGUUUGGUUUUAAA